AUGCUGUCAUGGCUAUCGAAAAUAGUUAUUGUAGGAUUAUUUCUCUAUGUUAUGAUUUACAUCUUUUUCUUUAACAAUGAAUUUUGCUGCAGCAAGCCAAAUUCACUGUCUAGUUACACCAGAUUAUCUCCAUAUCCUGAUACCAAUGUUAGUAAUUUAGUUAUUGGCAUUGCAAGUUCAUCAAAUUUUUGGAGGUACAGAAAACCCUACAUUGAAUCAUGGUGGAAACCUAACGUCACACGUGGCUUCAUCUUCCUCGACAGAGCUCCCAAUGAGCCAUCUUCUCUUGCACCGUACCGGAUUUCAGAGGACACUUCGAGGUACAAUGCAUUUAAUAGGCGCAAAAAUCCACAUGUCAUUCGAUUAGUACGUGUGGUCGAGGAAAUAUUUAAGGCAGAUAAUGGAGAUGAUGUGAGAUGGUAUGUUAUUGCUGAUGAUGACACUAUACUUUUCCUCGAUAAUGUUGCAGAAGUUCUGAGAAAGUAUGAUCACAGCAAGUACUUCUAUGUUGGGAUGCAUUCAGAGUGUACUGACUCCAAUGCUUUGUUUUCAUUUAAUAUGGCUUUUGGAGGAGCUGGUUAUGCUUUGAGCUAUCCUUUGGCUAGGCUAGUUGCCAAGAAUUUAGACUGGUGUCUUAAAAGAUAUCCUACUUUCGUCGGAAGUGAUCAGAUUAUGCAUUCUUGUAUCAGUGAUCUUGGAGUUUCACUAACUCUAGAAAAAGGGUUUCAUCAGAUUGAUUUUCAUCAAGACAUAUCUGGUUUACUAUCAGCUCAUUCACAGUCUCUUGUUCUUUCACUUCAUCAUCUUGAUGCAGUAGAUCCGAUAUUUCCUUCCAUGAAUCGUCUGGAUUCAGUAAAGCAUCUCAUGAAAGCAGCAAGAAUCGAUGAAGCAAGGCUACUACAACAAACCAUUUGUUAUCAAAAGCACAAAAACUGGUCUUUCUCCAUCUCUUGGGGCUACUCCAUUCAUAUUUAUGAGAAAAUCAUUCCUCUAAGCGUUCUACAAGCGCCCUUGGAGACUUUUUCUCGUUGGCGCAGACCAGCAUAUUGGCCAUACUAUAUGUUUAAUACUCGACCUGUUCUAAAUAAUUCUUGUGAAGCUCCUCAUGUUUUCUUCUUCCAAUCAAUAGAAAGAACAAGGGAAAACCAUCAUGAAACAGUCUACAUUCGAAGUUCAGCACGUGGAUUACCUGCUUGUUCAUCUAGUGGAAAUCAUUCUGCAGAUCACAUAUCUGAAAUCCGAGUCUUGGCACCAGUGAGGGUUCAUGAGGACGGAAGUAGAAGAGAAUGUUGCGACUCUGAGGAGACGUAUAUGAAUAGUACAUCAUUCAAGAUCAGGUCUUGUAUGGAAGAUGAAAUAUUAUCCUAAUUGUUGUAACUAGGCCAGAAUGUUAUCUAAUACAUUUC